AUGGAAAUUAAAUUGGUAACUGAUGGUUCAGGUGUUGCAAGUGUUUCAACCUCGAGAAUUACAUCAUGGGAUAAAUAUUUUUCCAAUCCAGGAACACUUUAUUACAAUCUAAAAAAUUGUCAACGGCUGUCUAAUCCAAACUAUAACGUUGAAUAUCAUAUAACUGCACCAAAUAAAUCAAUUGGUCUUCCAAGAGAUUUAUUUGAUGGUCUCAGGCUUAGAAAACUGUAUAUCAACAAAAGUAAUAUAACAGUACUAACAAAAGACAUUUUUAAGAGUCUUAAAAAUCUUUGUGAACUAGACUUAAAUUCAAACAAAUUAGAAAGUCUUGAUUCAAGUAUUUUCAAUGGAUUAUCAAAACUUGAAAGGCUUGAUAUAAGUGCUAAUAAUUUGACAACAUUGCCAAAAGAAUUAUUCAAUGGUCUUGAAAAUCUACGUGUACUAAUGUUAUAUUCAAACAAACUAGAAAAUUUAGAGCCAAGCAUUUUCAAUGAUUUAUUACAACUACAGAAACUCAACUUGCAACGUAACGAAUUGACACAUUUAUCAAAAGACAUAUUCAAUGGUCUUGAGGAUCUUUGUUUUUUAGAUUUGAGUUGGAACGAGCUGACCAAUCUUGAUUCAUAUAUUUUUAAUGAUUUAUUACAACUUAAAGAACUUAAUGUCAGUUGUAACAAUGUGACAACGUUACCAAAAGAUUUAUUCAAUGGUCUUGGUAAUCUUGUUUACAUAUUUUUAGAUUCAAAUCAACUGGACAAACUUGAUUCAAGUACUUUUGAUAAUUUAUUAAAACUUAGAAUCCUUAGUAUAAGCAAUAACAAACUGACAACUUUACCAGCAAAUACAUUCAAGUCUAAUCCAAAUAUUUUUGCUAUAACAUUAAGUUUUAAUAAACUGACAAAUCUUGAACCAGGUACUUUUAAUGAUUUAUCAGAACUUCAUACUUUAUGUAUACACAAUAAUAAUUUGACAAGAUUGAUGAACAAUAUAUUCAAUGAUCUUGUAUAUCUUCAUGAAUUAAAUUUAGGAUCAAACCAGAUCCUAAAUCUCGAGUCAGAUAUUUUUGAUAAUUUAUUGCAACUGAAGAAACUUAACAUAAGCAAUAACAAUUUGACAACUUUAUCAAGUCAUCUGUUCAAUAAUUUAUCACAUCUUGCUACACUUGAUAUAAGCAAUAACAAACUAGCAACUUUAUCAAAAGAUUUAUUUAAUAGUCUUGAAAAUCUUCGUGAACUAAACUUGAAAUCAAUCCAACUCGACAAUCUGGAAUCAGAUUUUUUUGAUAAUUUAUUACAACUGGAGAAACUUGACAUAAGCAAUAACAAUUUGACAACUUUAUCCAAUAAUCUAUUCGAUAAUUUAUCUCAACUUUCUAAUCUUGAUAUUAGCAACAAUGAUCUAACAAUUUUAUCAGUAGAUACAUUCAAUAAACUUAAAAAUCUUAAUGAACUAAAUUUAAGUUCAAACAAACUAAAUUAUAUUGAGUCAGGUACUUUUGAUAAUUUAAUGGACCUUGAAAAACUUGAUAUAAGUAAAAACAAUCUUAUAACUUUAAAAGAUUUAUUUAGUUAUUUAUCACAACUUAGUGAACUUGAUGUAAGCAAUAACAAUCUGACAAUUUUAUCUAAAGACACAUUCAAGGGUCUUCAAGAUCUUCGUAGUCUAAAUUUAAAAUCAAACCAACUAAAUUAUAUUGAGCCAGCUGAAAAAAUCCACGAAUGA